AUGGGAAUUCGUGGUCUGAUCUUCUUCUCUGUAUUGUUAUUCUCGAGUGUUUUUGUUAACGGAGGAGGACUAGCAUUCAAAGUGACGCAUAAAUUUGGAGGUGAAGCUAACAGGUCGCUUAAGGAUUUGCUUUACUACACAAAACUUGCAAUUGGAUCUCCUCCGAAAUAUUAUUUUCUCCAUGUAGAUACUGGUAGUGAUGUUAUAUGGGUUAAUUGCGCCCAGUGCAGCCCUUGCAGUCCUACUUAUACUGCCGACGACUUGACUUUGAAACUAUAUGAUCCAAAUAAUUCUUCAACAGCAAGAUUAGUUCCAUCUAGUGAUGGGUUUUGCACUAAAUUUGGCAAAGAUCCCAUGGCCACUCUUGGAUGUUUUUUCUCUAAUAAUGUUUGUGAAUAUGAUAUUCAAUAUGAAGACGGAGGUGGAAGUGCUGGAUACGUUGUUCAAGACAUCAUUGGAUUUGAUCUAGUUACUGGAAAUCUUCAAACAACUAUUGGAAAUGCAAAUAUUUUAUUUGGGUGUGGGAUGAAACAAACAGGAAAUAUGUUCGCAUCUUUUAAAGCCGACCUCGGCCUCGAUGGCCUGAUUGGCUUGGGUGCUUCAAGUGCAUCCAUGCUAUCACAACUAGCUGCAUCUGGGAAAAUGAAGAAGAAAUUUAAUCCAACUAUAUAA